CAUAGUGCUUACUUAGCCUUUGUCAAAGUCGGUAAUAUUUCUGCAUAUAAUUUGUUUUAAAAUGCUGGCCGGUAAUAAAUUUAUAGUGCUUCUAUUUAUGUACACUUAUUAUGAGCAAUGUUAUUCUAAAAUACCGGAGUACAUUCAAGUGUGCAAACGAGAUCAGGAUACAGUGAACGAGUGCGUUCGUGACUCCAUUGAGAAGUUGCGACCAAAACUAGUGGAGGGCAUCCCCGAGCUGAACGUGCCCAGUCUAGACCCCUUCUAUAUUCAUGAGAUAACCCCACCUGUGGGGAGUAACAGCAGAUCAUUCCAAGCUGUGGGCAAAGAUAUAAAGGUUUCUGGAGCUGGCAACUUUAGCUUAAAACUUGUCGAUGUUGAUUUAGAAAAAUUAACAUUCCGCACUCGCAUUCGCUUCCCGCGUCUGCAUUUCGAAGGCAAAUACAAAGUGGACAUACAAUUCUUGCUGCUGCCAAUCCGUGGAGAGGGAACGCUCGUUGCUGAUGCCAUUAAAUGCAACGUUGAUGCGUUUAUGAGGAUAAAAAUAGUGGAGAGAGAUGGCGUGGAAUACAUUGAGUUUACUGGCAUCGACACAGACAUCACUAUCAGAGACUACAAGAUUAAACUCGAGGGGCUUUUCAAUGGUGAUAAAACUUUGGAAGAUGCGACAAAUAUGGCGCUGAAUGAAAACAAAGCUGAGCUCCUGAAAGCGGCUAAACCAUUCGCUGAGAGAGGCGUGUCUACAAUUAUACUGGACGCGGCAAACAAGAUCACUAAAAAUAUACCUUACGAUGAAUUGUUCCCUAAACCGUAAUCUGUUAUGUUUGUUUUAUUAAUUUUAUACUUAUCGUUAAUACCUUCUUAUAAUUAAAAAAAGUUGUGUUUUGUUUU